AUGGACAUCCCUGGUGGGCCAAUCCCAUAUUCCCGUUUGGUUGUACCUGUCCUUCUUUUGCUUGGCUGGCUUGCAGGCUGCGCAUUAAUGGUGUACUAUGUCUUCUCUUAA